UAUGAUUGGAGAAUUUGACUGGAACAAACAGAUGUGGUCAUGUUGAGAUUAUGUAAGAAUAAAUAUAGUAUUUAUGCAACAUAAUAUUUAAAGAAUAAAGAAACAAAAAGAUGGCAACAGCGCAAGGUACACCAGAAUCUGAUACUGGAAGUUUCGAGUGCUUUCAAAAUUAUACGGCACCAGAAGUAUUUAUUCAAGGUUUGGCUGGAAUUGUUGAUCAACAGGAUGUAGAAUCUAUGAUAAGGGCUCAAAAGCAAAUGUUGCAGAGAUUUGAAAAAACUAACGAGAUGUUGACUAAUUGCAAUCAGUUGUCAAUAAAUAGAUUAAAAACUGCUGGCAACGAAUUCAAAAAACACACAGCGUUAUUAGUGGAGAUGAAGAGAGAUCUGGAUUAUAUUUUUAAAAGAAUUCGUAUUGUAAAGAACAAACUAAGUCAACAAUAUCCUCAAGCAUUUAACGAAGCUGUAAGGAGCAGUUUAGCAGAAGAAGUAAUCGUUGAAGAUGUAGACUGUCCUGUAAAACCGCUUGAACCUGAAAUUGUUCCAUUACCAAGCGCCUCUCAUACUGUUACGGAUCGAGAUCCAGAUUCUGAUGUGCCGGUUGAGGAGUUUCAAUUCGCUAAGCUGCGGAAACGACGAAUAAAGAGCAACGAUAGUUCGUCAACGGAGAGCAACAACGAUCAAAGUAACGCCGAUACUUCGUCCUGCACGUCCGAUACUGGUUAAAACGUUCGUUCCAGAAUUAGAGAAUCGGAAGACUACGAAAAAGAAGAAUUGCCAAAAAAGAAAAGAAAGAGAUAAUAAUAAUAAUAAUAAUAAUAAUAAAAUAAUAAUAAUAAAACAAAAAAGAGAGGAAAAAGAAGAUUGAUAUUUUAUACGUUAAUGUUAUCGCGCAAAAUGGUUAGCCGACAAUAACGGUUCAGUUCCAUCGAUGGCAAGUAACUACGAAAAUUUGGAAAGUUUCGAUUACAUGCAAUUUACAUGAAGUAGAUGUACGCGCAAUCGUAUAUUUGUAACUGAUAAACCUGUGAAUUUUGUCAGUGUCGACUAACGAAAUAAUAAAGUAUUAUUUGUACACUGUA